CUCCCUUUAAUCAUUUCCGGUUUUAUUUUUGCCGGCAACGAAAUUUGCACGUUUUGAAAAUGUCACAGAAACCACAGCAGCAGCUUUCAGAUAGAGAUAGAGACAGAGAAAAGAAAAAGAAAGAAACUAUUCUUGACUUAUCUAAGUACUUAGAUAAACCCAUCAGAGUCAAAUUUAGUGGAGGUAGAGAAGCAAGUGGAGUAUUAAAAGGUUAUGAUCCACUGCUAAAUUUGGUAUUAGAUGGUUGUACAGAGUAUUUGAGAGAUCCUGAUGAUCCAUACAAACUUACAGAAGACACCAGGCAGCUAGGUUUAGUGGUAUGUCGAGGUACAUCUGUAGUCUUAAUCUGUCCAGCAGACGGCAUGGAAGCCAUUGCAAAUCCUUUCAUUCAGCAAGAUGGAUGAACUAUUUAGGAAAUUUUAAGCAGAUAUAAUGAACAAAAAGCAGUGCUUAGUUUGUGACCUUGAGAACGUACAUAUAGUGCAAUGUAAACUCACUCAGACUGAUGAUCUGAUACAUAGUUUUUGUAAAUUGUUUGUUAUUGUACAGUUAGUACUGUAAUUGUUAUGGAUGAAGAAAAAAAAGCAAAACAGACAGAAAAUAAAAGUGACAAAAUUGUUUAGAAAGUAAAUUAAAUUCUGCAUUUUUAUUUAAAAGGGUAUGCAGUUAUCCAUUCUUGACCUUUUUGUUAUACAAUGUACAUGUAUCUUCAUUUUCUAUUUUUAGUAGAAUUAUUUCCCCUUUUGUAACUGAAAUGAAAAUUUGUUUUACAUUUUCUUUUUAUACUAACUAUUCAAUUUCAACACAAACAUAUGAUUUCAGCUUUCACAUCAACCUUUACAUCAUUGAAAUACAUAAUGUUCUACUAUUCUUAAUAUAAGGUGGAGGAUACUAAAAUAGGGGAGAUAACUUUGGAUUUUUUUAAUAGAUAUUGUAAAACAUUGCUUAUACAUGUUAUAGGUUUUAAAGAAACAAUCACAAAACCUAAGACAUGAAAAUUCCGGUAUUUAUGAAAUUGAUAGAGACUCAUAUUUUUUUUCAUUUCAUACGCAUAUAUGUCAUAUAUGUUUCAUUUUCAUAUUUGAUGUUUUUACAUGGAUGUUGAAUAAACUGUUAAAAGAUAA